AUGCAGUUGCGGGAGCUUCUCCGAGCUGGUCUCCUUAUAUCUCCCCUCCCCUCUGCCUGGGCUGCUUCUGGCUGGGGAUUUGAUGAUGCAUCGGUCUCAAUCGCACAGAAGGGCGCUGGAGUUGGCAGUGGACUUAAAGAGAAGCUGCUAGAGAGCAAACCACUAUCGAAGCCGUUCUCGUUCGGAGAGUCAGAUAUCCUCAAGCUUAGCUUAACGACACGGGAAGGCAGUGCUACUAAGAGACCUCACCAGGCUUUCUUGCUACUGAAAGAGCACGAUAGCGGACUCGACCUAUCAUACCCAUUAAGUGUGAAGGAAACCGGAAAGGCAAAGAUAGAGUUGGCACAAAAAGACCUUCCUGGUCAAUUUCUCCGGUCCUCGAAACCAAUCGAUGCCAGUGUUGUUAUCGCAUCGUUCGGAUCUGCAAUUGGAUAUGACAGCCGUGUUUUCCAGUUGGAUGUCACCCACGACAAUGCUGCCAGCGGGCCACUCCCUUCCGAAGCUCUCAGAUAUGGCAAGCGCGAUGAAAUCCACCAUACCUUCAAGGCUGAUCCGAAAAGCCCUCCUGUCAUCAUAACAUUAGUGUUUGUCGGAGCAGUCUUAGCUGCACUUCCGAUCCUUGCAGGUUUGUGGUUUUACCUAGGUGCGAAUUUGCAUCACCUCCCAGUUGCACUGAAAUCAUCACCUAUUUCGCAUUUCUUGUUCCUUGGUUCGAUUGUUGGGCUAGAGGGCAUAUUCUUCCUUUACUACACGGCAUGGAACCUGUUCCAAACCGUACCCAUUGCGUUGGCAGUGGGCGCCAUUGCUUUUGUCAGCGGAAGUCGCGCAUUGAGCGAGGUCCAGGAGAGGCGCCUCGCAGGGCUGCGCUAG